GCUUUUGGUUACCCUAUUUCAAGUUCACACAUUUUUCGGCAUUAUCAAAAAGAGUGGUUAAAACAAAUACAACUAUUGCUAGAUCCUAAUUAAAAAAUUAAAAUAUUAUUGCUGUUAUUAUAAAGUAAUAAUAAAUCCACAUUCAAAAUGUCUUUCGAAGAGUUAUUACAAGACGCAGGAGAAUUAAGUAGAUUUCUUGGCGAAGCCACACGUCCAAGAGUGCGAAAUGUUUUGCUACAAGCAAAAGCGGAGGUUGAGAAGGAAAUUGUCAAUUUAGAAAUGAAACAGCGAAUUGCCGCAGAAAAAAAGGUAGUCGGAGCAACGCCAAGAAGGUAUUUGAUCGAAUUGAAUGAGUAUGCAUGGGAUCAAAGUGACAAGUUUGUAAAGUUGUUCGUCACGUUGGAAGGUGUCCAAAACAUUGACGAAUCGAACGUUGUCGCCACUUUCAAUGAAAAUUCAAUGGUUUUGCAUGUUAGCGAUCUGAAUGGCAAAGAUUACGGAUUGACUAUCAAUAACUUGCUCGAUAGCAUCAAUGUGGAGAAAAGCUAUCGCAAAGUGAAACAAGGUAUGGUGGCCAUUUAUAUGAAGAAAAACAAUGAAGGCAAGCACUGGGAUCACUUAACCACCAUACAAAAGCGUCUGAAGCAAAAAUUAGAUGACGAAUUAAAAAGCUCAGAUGAUGGGAACCCAGAAAAUGCGCUCGUAAAUAUAAUGAAGAAGAUGUACAACAGCGGCGAUUCGAAAACUAAACAAAUGAUCGCUAAAGCGUGGACUGAAGGCCAACAAAAAGCACACCUUGGGCAAGAGCCUGAAAUGUAGUUUGAAAAGUUCAAAAAAAAUUUUACACUACACAUACUAUUUUUGUGUUUCUUUUUAAGCAGUUCAUAGUUCUUUCGAAUACGAAACAACACAUUCUAAUUUGCGAUAUUUAUUUUUUUGUAAUAUUUUAAGUGAUAAUAGAAACCGAUAUUCCAAUACUACAUUAA